CACGUUCGGUUGCCCCCUUACUUGCCAUCAUUUAUACCUUGCUUUCUGCUUCUUCACACAUCUCUCAUCCUUUCUCUCUCUAUGGAUGCCUACGCUGGACUCUCCGUAGACGAUCUCCUCGACUUACCAAACGAUGACUUUCUCUCUUCCUCCUCCUCCUCCGCCGCCGCCGCCACCGCCGAUUUCCUCCUCCACCAUCCUUCAUCCUCCUCCGCCGCCGAAUUUGAGGACUCAUCCAAUAUUCCUACUAAUUACUCCACCGAUUUCACCGACAUUUUCCGCGUUCCGACGGAGGAGGCGGCGGAGCUGGAGUGGCUGUCGACAUACAUGGACGAUUCCUUCACCGAUUUUCCGGCGAGCGAGAUCGCGAUCGCGGCCGCGUCCGUCGACUUCCACGGCCGCGGGCGGAGCAAGCGAUCGCGGGCGGUGAAUCAGGGGGAGAGUGGCGCGGAGGUGGCGCGUAGGUGCACGCACUGCGCGUCGGAGAAGACGCCGCAGUGGAGGACGGGGCCGAUGGGGCCGAAGACGCUGUGCAACGCCUGCGGCGUGAGGUACAAGUCGGGGAGGCUGGUGCCGGAGUACAGGCCGGCGGCGAGCCCGACGUUCGUGCUGACGCAGCACUCGAACUCUCACCGGAAGGUUCUGGAGCUGCGGCGGCAGAAGGAUCUGCUCCUCCAGCAGCAGCAGCAGGAGGCGUAUGGGCGCCAUUUCAGGGUAUGCUGACGUCGCCGAUCUCAUUUAUUGAUGUUGAUUUUCAAUUUUCAAUGAUGAAUGAAUUUAAGAGAGUUGGAGUUUUGGACUUUAUUGCCUUCCAUUCUAUGAGGAGUAUAAAUCAAUCAAUCAAUUUUUAUCAACUCAUUUAGUUUUGGAUAUGGACGGAUAAUUACUCCAUUUUCGUAGAAAAAUGUUUUGGAUGA